UCCUCCCUCCCUCCCUCAUCUGAGAAAUGGACGAGCCGAUACGUGGCGCAAUCCUCGCCGUAGUUGCUGGCGCAGGAGCAUAAGCCAGCCCAGCACUUAAACGAGCAGCAGUACCCACCUCCCCCACUACCUCUCUCCCUCUGUCUCUGUGUACCGCUUUCGAAAGGUGGCGCAAAGCUUUGUUUAAUGCGAGCCGCGCGCGACUGUUGCGUUCGAAAGGUGAAUUCCACCCCGGGCUCUGUAAAAAUGGUGACGGCGGCGGUGAUGGUGAUGAUGAUGGGGGGUCGAGCGAUGAGCGAAACCCAAUUCCCAACCGCUUUUUAAAUUCGUCCCACGACUUCGCCACGCCCCUGCAGCAAGAAAGAAGAAAAAUUCUGGAUGCGUUGAAUUCGCGUGUGUGCGCCCCCACGCGCCCGUGCGGAGAGAUCGGUUGAGCGGUGUUUGUCUCGCUCCCCCUCUCUCUCUCUCUCCUCCUCUAACGUGUGAUCGAACGAAACUCCAAAAGGGUCUCCUCCUGCUCCUCCUUCUCCCGGCAUUUGUAGUGAGAGAAAACCACGCAGGGGCGCUCCCUAGACAAUUCAAGUGCAGCAGUUGAGAGAGAGAAAGGGAAAGAGAUAUAGUGAGUCGGGUUCGGUUCGAACUGGGGGAAUAGAGGAUGAGGUCAUCCGCUUCGAUCGGGUCGAAGCGGUCCGACUACAGCCGCGGGUUCGACUUGCCCGAGGACUUCGAAGACGACGACGACGCCGCCGCCGCCGCCGACUGCAGGAGGAGCGCCGACUACGGGGGCGUCGGCGGGGCAAUGCUGCCCGUGUUCCUCAACGACCUGAGGGAGAACUCGCAGCAGGACCUCGUGGAGGUCACCCUCGAGCUCGAGGACGACUCCAUCGUCGUCCGCAGCGUCACCCCGACGAGGAACCACGACCGGGCGUUAGCCGACGACGGCGCCGGCGCCGAUCCCCUCCCCCCCGCCGCCCCCGCCGCCGCGGCGCUGGAGAGGAACCUGUCGGUCACGACGAGGAUCCGUCGGAAGUUCCCGUGGCUGAGGUCCGGAUCGUCGCGGGCGGGGUCGGAGGCGGAGGGCGCGGCGGCGUCCGCCGCCAGGGAGGCGAGGAGGGCGACGGCGAGGCUGGACCGGAGCCGGUCGAGCGCGCAGAGGGCGCUGAAGGGGCUCCGGUUCAUCAGCAAGGCCAACUUCGGCGCCACCGACACCGAGGAGCUCUGGCGCAAGGUCGAGGCUCGCUUCCACCGGCUCGCCAGGGACGGCCUGCUGUCCAGGGAGGACUUCGGCGAGUGCAUCGGGAUGGACUCGAAGGAGUUCGCGGUGGGGAUGUUCGACGCGCUGGCGAGGCGGCGGCGGCAGAGGGUCGCGAGGAUCACCAGGGAGGAGCUGCACGACUUCUGGCUCCAAAUCUCCGACCACAGCUUCGACGCGCGGCUUCAAAUAUUCUUCGACAUGGCGGACAGCAAUGAAGAUGGCAGAAUCACCAGGGAAGAAGUGCAGGAGCUCCUAAUGCUCAGUGCAUCGGCGAACAAGUUGUCGAAGCUGAAAGAGCAAGCAGAGGAAUACGCCUCCCUGAUCAUGGAGGAACUGGACCCGGAAAACCUCGGCUACAUCGAGUUGUGGCAACUGGAGACUCUGCUUCUGCAAAAGGACACUUACAUGAAUUACAGCAGACCGCUCAGCACGGCCAGUGUUGGCUGGAGCCAAAACCUGAGCUCGUUUAGACCAACCGACACAGUGCAGAGGAUUAGCAGCUCCGUCCGAUGCCUCGUGCUGGAGAACUGGCAAAGAGGUUGGAUUCUGUUGCUUUGGGCGAUAGUGAUGGGAUGCCUCUUCACCUGGAAGUUCAUCCAAUACAGGAACAUGGCGGCAUUUCGCGUCAUGGGCUAUUGCCUGGCGACGGCCAAGGGGGCAGCAGAAACUCUGAAGCUCAACAUGGCUCUCAUCCUCCUGCCCGUCUGCCGGAAUACCCUGACGUGGCUCAGGUCCACUCGAGCCAGGCCGUUCGUUCCCUUCGACGACAACAUAAACUUCCACAAGAUAAUUGCAUGUGCCAUAGUCAUGGGGAUCAUCCUCCACGCAGGAGACCAUCUGGCAUGCGAUUUUCCCCGCCUGAUAAACUCCUCCCCGGAAAAGUUUGCCCUCAUAUCCUCCGACUUCAAUGACAGAAAGCCCACAUACAGGGACCUUUUAUCUGGAGUUGAAGGAGUGACGGGCAUUGCUAUGGUGAUUUUGAUGGCGAUCUCAUUCACUCUAGCGACACACCGGUUCAGGAGAAACUUAGUGAGGCUACCUGCACCUUUCAACAGAUUGACAGGCUUCAAUGCAUUCUGGUAUUCCCAUCACCUGCUAGGCGUGGUCUACGUUUUGCUGCUCAUCCACGGAACCUUUCUGUACUUUGUGCAUGAGUGGUACAGGAAAACGACAUGGAUGUACAUCUCUAUUCCAUUGUUGCUCUACAUGGUUGAGAGAAGCGUGCGAGCAUGCAGAUCAAACCAUUACGCAGUUCAAAUAUUGAAGGUUUCAGUACUGCCAGGGAAUGUCUUUAGCAUAAUCAUGUCCAAGCCUCAAGGGUUCAAGUACAGAAGUGGGCAGUACAUUUUUCUACAGUGUCCGACAAUUUCCCCUUUUGAGUGGCACCCAUUUUCAAUUACUUCAGCACCCGGAGAUGACUACCUUAGUGUUCACAUCAGGAUAGUCGGUGAUUGGACACAGGAGUUGAAAAAAACUUUGACUGAAGGCAGAGACUCGUCAUCUAUUAUUGGCCGGGCAAAAUUCUCGUCGCUCGGGCGUAUCAAUCAUACAGGCCAACCCAAAUUGCUCGUCGAUGGCCCAUACGGAGCUCCAGCUCAGGACUACAAAAAUUAUGAUGUACUGCUCCUCGUGGGGCUUGGCAUUGGUGCAACCCCUUUCGUAAGCAUCCUUAGAGAUCUUCUGAGUAAUACAAGAGCAGAAGAGCAAAUGGAGUCAACCACGGAGACGAGUAGAUCAGAUGAUAGCACAAAUAGUUUCGCAUCUUCAAACGUGACACCAGGUGGCAAAAGGAAGUCACAGAGGACGUCCAGUGCUCAUUUCUACUGGGUGACAAGGGAAUCCGGGUCGUUUGAGUGGUUCAAAGGAGUAAUGGAUGAAGUUGCGGAAAUGGAUCACAAAGGUCAAAUCGAGCUUCACAAUCACCUUACCAGUGUCUAUGAAGAGGGUGAUGCAAGGUCAACUCUAAUCACCAUGGUCCAGGCUCUCAAUCAUGCCAAACAUGGUUUCGACAUCCUAUCAGGCACACGGGUAAGAACACACUUUGGAAGACCAAAUUGGAGAGAAGUAUUUAUCAAAGUAGCUUCAAAGCAUCCUUACACUACAGUAGGGGUGUUCUACUGCGGGAUGCCGGUGUUAGCAAAGGAACUAAAUAACCUAUCCCGUGAGCUGAGUCACAAGACAUCUACACGUUUCGAAUUCCACAAGGAGCUUUUCUGAGUCGAAUAACAGACCUAGAAGCAUCAAGGUGCAACCUUUUUUUUGUUUUUUGUAAUUAUGAUACAGGCUGAAAAACAUGAAAGUGCAUAUCAUAGUAGCUCAGAGCAGAUAGGAUGUAUAUUCCCCCAUAUACCAUCGAUAGGAAUACCCACCAACACAAGUAAUUCUUUAUGAAACAAGGACAAUAUUUUAUAGUCUUCUAGCUGCAUUUGAUAGUAGUUCCUAACUACCCCGACAAGGACUCUGUCUCUAUUGAUGAGCAUUAUUUUUCAAACUC